UCUGCUCACAUGAUUUUUGUUGUCCUGCGUUUAGUGUCUGAGCGAGUCCGUCCUUUGGGUGAGCAGCCGCGAUGUUGUGCGCUCACCAGCUGUUGCUGGCCGUCUACAUAGUCACCUUCCUAAUGGGGGUCCCUGCCAACAUCCUGGCCUUCUGCACCUUCUGCCGCAAGGUGCGACGCCGGGCGGCCCCGAUAGACAUCCUCCUGCUCAACCUCACCAUCUCCGACCUCGUCUUCCUGGCCUUCCUGCCGUUCAAGAUGAAGGAGGCGGCCGACGGCAUGUUGUGGUUGCUCCCCUACGCCCUGUGUCCCUUCACCGGUUUCCUGUUCUACGCCACCAUCUACAACAGCACGCUGCUGCUCACGGCCGUGAGCGUGGAGCGCUACUUGGGGGUGGCCUUCCCCCUCAGGUACUCCCUGUGUCGCAGGCCUCGCUACGCCGUGCUGGCCACCGUGCUGUUCUGGGUGGUGACCUUUCUGAACCUCAGCAUCGUCUACAUCAUGCCGUACGCCCAGUGGAGCAAAGGAGCGGGCGGCGACGGCGGCAGCAACGGCAGCAGCAACGGCAGCAGCAACGGCAGCGUGCUGCGCGCCGGCAGCGUGCCCGUCUCACCUCCGCCCACCUGCUACCUGGAUUUCAGCCCGGAGGAGCUGAACAUCGUGCUGCGGGUGCGCCUGGAGCUCUUCUUGGUUCUCUUCUGCGUGCCCUUCCUCAUCUGCUGCUUCUGCUACGUCAACUUCAUCCUCAUCCUGUCGCGCCUGCCGAACAUCGGCAGGCGGCGCAGGAUGCGCGCCAUCGGCCUGGCGUUCGGCACCCUGACAGUGUUCACCGUGUGCUUUGGGCCCUACAACGCCUCCCACGUGGUGGGGUACGUCCGGCAGGAGAGCGAGGAGUGGAGGAACAUGGCGUUGCUCUGCAGCACCUUAAACGCCUGCCUGGAUCCCAUCAUCUUCUACUUCUCCUCGGCGGCUGUCAGAAGCAUGUUGAACCACUGCCUCAGCAACAUCACGGCCAAGCUGCACAUCCUGAGGUGGGGGGGCGGCGGGGGUCCUCACCAGAACCCCUCCAAGACAGACAACUACAAGGAAGAGCCUCUUCCGUGAACAUCUUGGAAUGUAAAUGACGGCGGGCUUGUUUAUUUCAAGGAGGACAAAACCAAUGAGCGUGGCGAGAGGAAAGGUUCAUAUCCUUGUUUCACGUGGUGCCUUUAAACGUAUUAUUAAUCUCCAGCACACCUUUCAUACAUGUUGUCCAACGUGGAAACACGGCGGUUUAUCUUUCAGUUAAUCAUCUGCUGAUUCUGUUCCUGCCGAGCUGCAAUAUAAGAAGCUUGUGUUAAGUUCUUGUUAAUGAGCAAGGAAAUAACUCAACACAAAAGAGGACUGUGACGUUUUUGUACAAACUUUAAAUAAAAUCGUGAC